AACAUAUGACAUAACUAUAAAAAAUAAACAAGUGCUUUAUAUAUUUGUGUUUUUUAUAUCAUAAAUAUUUAUUAAGGAACUAUGUUAAUUCUACGGCAAUGGCGCCAUCUAAAAGGUGCAUCCGGAACUGGUUUAACUAAUUGCUUGACAACACAAAUUGGACAAUAUGACAGCAAAUUGAACUCACAGGAAAACAGCAUUAAACAUCGGUGCAUGGCCACUAGCGUCGGAGCCGCAGAUCCUAAAGGUGUUUUACAAAUCAACGGCCAAACUUAUCCUACAGAUGACUGGACAAAUGUGACACCCAAAAUACUAUCUUAUUUGGGUGCUAACAAACAUGUACAACGCAACCAUCCGCUAUCUAUUCUAAGACAACGCAUUGUUAAUUAUUUCUAUGCCGCAUAUAGAAACUCACGCGGUAAUCCUUUAUUUUCGGUAUAUGACCAGUUAAGUCCUAUUGUGACGGUGGAACAAAAUUUUGAUAAUUUGUUAUUCCCAACUGAUCAUGUAAGUCGUGCCAGGUCAGAUUGUUAUUACAUUAACCGACAUCAACUAUUGCGCGCUCAUACAACUGCACACCAGGCGGAUUUAAUUGCUUGCGGCCUGGAUAACUUUCUAGUAGCUGGUGAAGUAUAUCGGCGGGAUGAAAUUGAUAGCACGCACUAUCCUGUAUUUCACCAAUUAGAUGCAGUGCGUUUGCUUACGAAGGAAACACUUUUCGGACGUAAUCAAGAUUUGGAAAUUUUUGAAAAUGACUGGCAGCUCAAAUCAAAAACUUCGGCAAUACCAGAAACAUCAUCGAAAUGUUUGGAUCAAACCAAACAAGUGUGUCAUACGCUUGAAGCAGUAAAAUUGAUGGAACAUGAAAUGAAGGAUGUGCUAGUAGGACUAGCUCGAGAUUUGUUUGGUACCCAAUUAGAAUAUCGCUGGGUUGAUACAUAUUUUCCUUUUACCCAACCAUCCUGGGAAUUGGAAGUACUUUUUAAGGGUAAUUGGUUGGAAGUGCUUGGCUGUGGCAUCAUGCGACAUGAAAUUUUACAAAGGUCAGGUGCUCAUAAUAAUAUAGGCUAUGCUUUUGGCUUAGGACUAGAGCGCUUAGCAAUGGUGCUGUUCGAUAUACCUGAUAUACGACUAUUUUGGUCCAACGAUAGCGGUUUUCUAAAUCAGUUUAGCGAAGAAAAUUUACAAAAGCUUUCUAAGUAUAAACCUAUAUCUGUUUACCCGCAAUGUACGAAUGAUCUAUCAUUCUGGCUGCCAUUGGGUGUGGAGGUGGAUGCUGGCUUUGCGUGUAAUGAUUUUUAUGAUCUUGUGCGUACAGUAGCCGGUGAUGUGGUUGAACAAAUCAGCUUAAUUGAUCGCUUCAAGAACCGCAAAACAGGCAAAUCUAGCUUAUGUUUCCGUAUCGUCUAUAGGCAUAUGGAGCGUACCUUAACACAAGCUGAGGUUAAUGAUAUACACAAACGCAUUGCUGAUGCAUGUGUAGAGAAUUUUAGAGUAGAGAUACGGUGAAAUAUUAUCUCUGAAUCAAUAAACUAAUGAAUUUCGUUUAUGAUAAAUAUUA